GCAUGUGCAUGUGCACCUUCGAGAUGCGCGCAGCAGUCAACUCAGGUUGAAAGCGCGCCCCCGCGAAUUGCGCGCAACAGAUGUCAGCUAAAAGAGGAGGGCGCCAAAUAGGAAGAAGAACAGAUGUGUUUAUGUGACUCUAACCACAACAAACCGCAAGAAACGGACCGGACCCGCUCUCCUCUUUAUUCUUCACUUAUGAGUGACCCAUCGGGACGGAGCACCGCGGGGUCUGGACCAAGACAAAGCCGAAAAACAUGGAGGCCGACAGUGUGAGCAUAUGGCCGCGCAUGGAGCCCUUCUUACUGGGCGCCUUGCAGGUGGCUCCGCCCUCCAAGCUCAGCCUGCACUACCUUCGCAAGAUGGCGAUCUACGUGCGGACACGGGACGGCUGCUUCCCCAUUCUGGCCUGGCCCAUGUGGAGGCAUAUCGCCUGUGGGAAGCUCCAGCUCCCAGAAGAUCUAGCAUGGCUCUACUUUGAGACCUUUGACCUUCUGAUAGGCCACCCUCCAGAGGAGAGGCUGGAGUGGGCAGAGUGUCUCUCACAGUGCUCCUCCAAAAGUGAGCUGGACCAACAAAGAAACAAGUUGUCUGUGGACACGCUGCAGUUCCUCCUCUUCCUCUACAUCCAGCAGCUGAACCGAGUGUCUCUGCGCACCUCUCUGAUUGGUGAAGAGUGGCCCAGUCACCGCACCCGGUCCCCCUCUCCCUCAGACCGAGAGGCCAAGACCAGCUCCCAGAAUAAGAACUGGGAUGAUCAGGCUCACCUGUUGUUUGUGCAAAGCCAUCUGGGAGAGAUCCUGGAGCUGCUGGUGGAGCCGGGACAACUGUCCCAGUCUGGACAGGCCCUCAGAGACUGCCAGAUCUCUCUGGAGGCUGUGCGGAGCCUCGGCCUGCUGCUGGAGGGUUCAGUCAGUCACAGCAGAGUAGUUCAGCCGGUCCACCGGCUGCUAACCAAAGGUCUGCUGCAGACACAAGCCGGCUACUCCACACUGAGCCGCUCCUUCCCCCUGCACAAGCUGCUGGCCUGCCUCCAGCACAGCCUCACACUCAACCCGUUUGGGAUGACCGCCUGCCUGCGCUCGGGCAAGAAACUGGCCUGGGCUCAACAAGUGGAGGGGGCCAUGAAGAGAGCCAAAAUAGCCCGAAACACCCACAUGGCUCCACCUGGCAGUAAGAUGGUGCUGAUGUCGCAGGUCUUCAAACAGACUCUGGCUAAAACCUCCGACAAGCUGACUGGUGCUAACAUCAAAAUCCACAGAUGCUCAGACUCCUUCAUAUACCUCCUGUCACCUCUCAGGUCAGUCAGUGUGGACAAAUGCCGUGACUGCACUGUGGUUCUGGGUCCUGUUGAGACCAGCGUCCACAUCCACGGCAGCCAGAACCUGCGGGUGGUGUGUGUGGCGGGCAGGAUCGCCGUCGGAGUCUCCUCGCGCUGCGAGAUCAACGUCCUGACGCCCACCCGCCCUCUGCUGCUACCUGGGAACACAGACAUUACACUGGGGCCUUUCCACACUUUCUACCCCACCCUGGAGGACCACAUGGCCAGCGUGGGUCUGGCCGUGGUCCCCAAUGCCUGGGAUCAGCCUUUGCUCCUCGGGACCGAAGGCCUGGUCGGCGCCUCGCUCAACACGUCGUCCAGCAGAGACGCGGCCUGUUUCCGCCUGCUGCCCCCUGCAGAGUUUCACACGCUGGUUGUGCCUUUCAAGAUGGAGGGGGACACGUGUGAGGUGCCGGGUGGAUUACCUCCUCCGUAUCAGGAAGCACUGGAUCAGAAGCAGAAGAGGAUACAGAACUGGCAGAAGACUGUGAUGGACGCAAGGCUCAACAAGGAGCAGAAGCGUCAGUUCCAGGAGCUGGUGGAGGUCAAGUUCCAUGAGUGGCUCCUGGAAACGGGGCACAGGCAGGAACUGGACAGCCUCAUCCCGCCCACCAUGGCGUCUUUAAAGGACUCCAACGGGACUGAAACGGAUACUCCCCGAGCUAAUGAGAACAAACCGAUUAGGAAUGGACGGCCGGUGGGACCGUCCCCGAUGGCUUGUUGAACAUUAAGGUGGUCCAACAGGUCACAUCCAGAUGUUUGGAGCUCCUGUCAGCUGCUAACAGACAGCUCAGUAUGUUUACUGUAGGUAUUAUAGUAAUGUAUGUUUGUGGAGCUGUUGAACCAGCUUUAAGUGCAUCUUAUAUCCCACUCGUUGUGGAGUGGAAGGCUGGUACUGGUGGCUUUACGAGUCCUUCUAAAGAAAAGGCAGCUAAGUUUUUAACAUGUGAGUCAAGCAGGGAGUGGGUUGGCAUGUUGUCAAACAACAUGACAAGCAUCACUCGUCUGGUGAGAGCUAAAUAAACACAAAAAAACAUGGGAGGAGCAUCUGUAAAGACAGCAGGGUUCUAAGGAGGGACAAAGUCAGUCAUGUGCUAAAAUGUGUUCUCUUAAAGCAUUGAUAGCUCUUUAAAGAAAUGGUUUGUAUUUUUUGAAGUGUGGUUAUGAGGUAUUUAUCCACAGCCAGUGUAUUAUCAACAGGAGAUGCCUCCAGUUUGGAGAAACAGGCAGCAGUACUGAUACAGAGAACCUGGUCUCACAGGAAUCCGUGAAAUAGCCACGGAUUCGCUUAACUCAAAAUCCGUGGAAUAGCCACGGAAUCACUCAAAUUUCCGUGAAACUGACACAGAUUUCGCUACAAUGCAAGUUAAUGACAGUCAUAUCCCGCGGCUAUUCCAUGGAUAUUUGUUCCUAUUGGUUUGUUCCAAGUCACGUGACUUUCAAGGUCCCGGCGGUCAGAACAAAAAACAUGGCGGACAGUUCUCUCAUUUUUAGUGAAAAAAUCAAUAUUUUGACUUAGUUUCUGCAUAAAAAUGGAUUUUGAUCACAUUUCUAGCGAGAAAUAUGUUUUAUUUUCUAAAUAUUCACUCAGUGAAUGUACAUAAUCACUUUGUCUGUUGGAAUAGCCACGGGAUAUGACUGUCAUUAACUUGCAUUGUGGCGAAAUCCGUGUCAGUUUCACGGAAAUUUGAGUGAUUCCGUGACUAUUCCACGGAUUUUGAGUUAAGCGAAUCCGUGGCUAUUUCACGGAUUUCUGUGAGACCAGGUUGGAUACAGAAGAUAAACAAUGUACUGCUGUGGAUGGCAGCAGCAGAUAAAUGUAUUCUAGUCAGUCAGUUGAAGUAAACAUCAUAUGUAGAAUAUCUUCUUCACUCGGUCUUGCAGAAGCCAUUAUUUGUGCUCUCUUCACAGCCAAGACUCCAUUGCCAAAAAUGUUACUUUUCACUCACAGAACAUUGGAGUUGCUGGCCUUUGCUGCCUUGAUGGAUUAGUUUUUCUGUGUUAUUGAGACUUUGGUGAAUGUGAACUAACUCAACGUCUCCAAAUAAAACAAACAAACUAACCAAUUGAGGCAGCAGUAGACCAGCAACUCUUGUGUUCUGUGAGGUAAAAUGACUGUUUUGUCUGGUGACUUUUAAGAGAGCAGAUAACGGCUUGAGUUCCCACCUCGUAAACUUAAACAGGGCUGUCUGAUUCAAGGUUAUUAUAGUUAACGAAAACUAACAAAAUAACGAAAACUAGAAUUGAAAAAACAUUUUCGUUAACUGAAAUAAAAAUAAAAACUAGAGUUUUUAAAAAACGAUAACUAACUAAAACUGUAUUUUGUGGUUACAAAACUAACUAAAACUAACUAAAAUGAUAGUGAAAAUGUCCUUAGUUUUCGUUUUUGUCAACUUUUUUCAUUCAUAAUUCAGUGUUUCUAUUUGAACAUGCAACACAUGGUGAAUAUGUUUACUGAGACUGGGAUGUUUACACUAGAACCAAAAUACAAAACACCCAGAACUGUAAGAGUUAAUAACCUUAUUGGGGCUGAGAUGAUAAACCAAAGGAAAUAAAGGAAACAUUUAUUAUGACCACUUUGAAUCACGCACCCAACAAAUACCCCAUUACAAAAAA